UGCGCGUGAAGUUCAAAGAAUAGCUGCUGCGUAACGUAGACGAUCAUUCUUGCGCAUCAGACACCGGCAUCGUUUUGCUCCGUUAAUAAUGUCAUCUUACACACCGACGACAUGAACAGAUCGUUAACGUUACACGUACAGUCGCCUACACUCUGUUUAUGUAUUAGCACGCGCGUGUAUGUAUGUGUGUGCGCGCGGAGACCUGACGCGUCACAGCUCGCUCUGCACCAGCCGAGGCUCCGGUGCUGAAGAGUCUCUGCAGUCGCAGCUGAAGGACUACGCCAGCCAGGUUGAAUGUUGGCCGGGUUAAGGAGCGUGGCAGGAUGGCGUCCACGGGCACGCAGAUCUUUGCCUUCGUGCUUUCGCUGCUGGGCAUCUUAGGUGCCACGGUGGCCACGCUAUUGCCCAACUGGAAGGUGAGCGCAGACGUUGGCUCCAACAUCAUCACUGCCAUCUCGCAGAUGCAGGGGCUGUGGAUGGACUGCACCUGGUACAGCACGGGUAUGUUCAGCUGUACGUUAAAAUACUCUGUGUUGGCGCUGCCCGCGUACUUGCAAACGGCACGCACCACCAUGGUGCUUUCCUGCGUCCUGGCGGCGUUAGGAUUAUGUUUGGCCUCUUUGGGAUUGAAGUGCACUCGCUGGGGAGGUGGACGGCGCGCUAAACGCCACGCCGCCGUGGCCGCCGGUGCCUGCUUUCUGACUUCUGGCUUCCUCUGCCUAGUUCCUGCCUCCUGGUACACCAAUGAGGUUAUUGUCAGCUUCCUAGACGUCAACGUGCCGGAGAGCAACAAGUUCGAGCCGGGCGGUGCCGUCUAUGUAGCCUUUGUCUCGUCCGGUUUCCUUUUCGUAGGUGGGUCCAUUUUCUGUCUGUCCUGUUCGGGUAAGCGGCACGGGCCGCACGAUUUGAUACUGAUGCCUCCGGAUAAACUCCUCUUGCAGCAGCAACAGCAACUGCUGCAACAACAGCAGCAACAGGAGCAGCUCCAACACCAGUACUGCUCUCUCUCACCUCUGGACAACAAGACCGGCUACAGCGUACAGGACUACGUAUAAAAGGGGGAAACGUUGAGGAGCCGGACACGUGCGACGUGCUUCUCAACUCCCAUGGCUCUCGAGAUUAUUAUGAGAGGGACCACAGCUCCCUCUUUCUGUCCACACGUCUUUUUUAAGAUCAGCAAGCACAAAAACUGGAGGUAUUCCCCCCCUAAGCGACAUCUUGGACUGCUAAAGCUCUGUGACAGACUGAUAAAGAACGAGAUGAAGACGAUGAAUAAAAGCACAUAUCCAGCAUCCUAGUAAAUCUAAUUAAAGUGUUCCCCUGGGAACGGAUUAGCACCGAGAGAAUGUUUCUUCUACGUCAAAUCCCGAACUCCCCCCUUCCCAAAGAUUAGAACUUAGAAGCAAUCGUUUAGCUGCUAACAAUCGUUUGGUAACCUCUGUUCGAAAUAUGAUGGCAAUAUGUCUCUAAGAGGCAAUGGUAUGGAAGACCCCGUGUGUGGGAGAUUUGCUUUCCUUUGUAUUCGAGUAAUGAUUGUGUUAAUGAAAUGUUAUUUUGGUAGCCGAUAGGAUGAUUGAUAUUCUGCCUAAGCAUGCUUUCUGGAGCCUGUGCAUAAUGCAGUGGAAUGCCUGAUGUAGACUGAAUCGUAGCCAUAUAGCCUGUGCCUAAAGAUGUGUAGUAUAUAAACCGCUCAAACUGUUUAGAGAAGCACGAGGAGGGAGUGAAUAGGGGUUGCUGGGUCAGGCGUAUAUGGGAAAUCCAUAAAGGCUGAGAGGAGACUGCCUCUUCUUACGUCAAGUGAAUGGUUUGACAUUUUGCUGUGCGAUUUUUCCCAAAACAAUGAUACGCUGCGCCGCUGUGCGCUUCUCAUGCAGACGCUCAUAUAUACACAAUCCUGCAUGCAUGCAUUUCACUCACGCAGCUGCUCACUGCCAUGAAAACCACAUUUAAAUACAUGCAUUGUAGGUUGUAAUCCUCUAUAGAUUUGGAGGAUAGGACAGUGAUCCUCUCUGUAUUGGGAAGUCCUAAAAUAAGCUGGGGUGUCAUAAAUCUAAAUCUAGAAACAAACCUUCUGUGACACAUUCACUUAGAUUGGAGGGGUGUGAGGGUCUUGACCCUAUACUGAAUCUAAUCUUCAGGACAAUGAAUAGUUGUGACCCUGUCUGUGAAAUCCAGGCUGAAGUCUCAAUGUAAUUGUGAGAUGGGGAGCAUACAAAUUUGAUUGACAUGAUCUUACUCAGUCAAUAUUAAAGAUAUCAAGUUUAUUUUAUUUUUCACAAAAUGUUCUUUGCAUUAUUUAGGAUGAUUUUAUGUAAAUCACAAAAAAUGACUUUAGCUGGAUUUGAACAGGCAGGGUCAUGUUUAUAUACUGUAUGUGACCCUAGACCACAAAAGCUGUCAAAAGGAUACUUUUUUAAAAAAUUUAGAUUUACACAUCAUCUGAAAGCUAAAUAAAUAAAUGAAGCUUUCCAUUGAUGUAUGGUUUGUUAGGAAAGGACAAUAUUGGGGCCGAGGUACAAAUAUUUGAAAAUCUGGAAUCUGAAGGUGUAAAACAAUCGAAAUAUUCAGAAAAUUGCCUUUAAAGAGAAAAAAUUAUAUUAAACCCAUGAAAAAUAUUUUAGAAAAUGUCCUAGAUCUUUCAGUUUAUAAAAUGCACGGAUAUGGGGUCCACCUCCUUUUUGUCCAAAAAUGUGCAUCCAUCCUUCACAAAAGUAAUCCAAACGGCUUGUGGUAAAUAAACAAAGGCCUUCUGAUGGUAAUCUGUGCGGUUUUGUCGUAAAAAUAUCCAUAUUUAAAUGCAGAGGCGUCUAAGACGGCGACCUUUGUUUAUCCCCUUGAAGCCAUUUGGAUUAUUUUGAUGAAGGAUGGAUGCACAUUUUUGGACUUGAAGGCGGUGGACCCCAUAUCCUUAUAUUUUAAAAACUGAAAGAUCUAGGGCAAAGGUGCCCAAAAUAGGGCCCGUGGGUCAAAGUUGGCCCGCAUUGACCUUUAGUUUGACCCGUCAUCCCACAUGAGAUACGUUAAAAGGAUAAACUUAAUUGAUGCAGAUGUUUAUAUUUCUAAUUAAACAUUUUCUAAAAUGUAACAUUUUUGGUUUAUUGGUAAAUUAUAAAAAUGUAAAUUAAAAUUAAAUGCAAGGAAUUAAAGUGAAUUGUUUUAUGUACAUGCAUACUUGAAAGUGUAUAGCAUGCACCAUGAACUAAAUGAACUUGGGUACUAUAGGCUAAUAAUGGAGAGGCCGAGGCACACAGACAAAAGGAAAUUUAAAAAUGAUUGGCAAAAUGAUUUCUUUUAACAACCGUUACAUUUGAAAAUAAAACCGCAUUAGUUAUGCUUAAACAGAAUAAUGUUUGCUUAUUCAUUUUUUAAAUAUUAGAAAAUUAUAAAUUAGGAGAAUCAGGGCAACUUUAUUUUUAAUAUAACACAGCAACAUUUAAUUUCGGCCCGCGGCCCUCAGUCAAGUUUUUUUUUGGCACUUGGUAGAAAAAAGUUUGGGCACCCCGAUCUAGGAAAAUCUCUAAAUAACUGAAAAUGUGUUCGUCUGUAAAGUGAUGGACAUAUGCAUCUCAGACGGCUUGAGGGUCAGUAAAUCAUGGGUUUAAUAUCAUUUUUAGCUGAAUUAUCCCUUUAAAUUUGUCCAAAUGAAGUCUUUAACAACUGCAUCCACUCACAAAAAUAAAGUUUUGAUCAUUUAUGGUCCAAAAUUACAACAUAUAUUCAUGAAACAUGUUAAUAUCUUAAUGACUUUUGGCAUAAUUUUGACACACAAUGAUUUUUGUCUUUUGCUACAACUAUGCUUGCUUUGUGGUCGAGGGUCACAUGUGCAAAAGUCUUAGUCCACCAUGCCACCAUUAGAUUUGUUUAUGCAUUGAUAUAAUGAGCAUAUAUAAUUAUUUCCCAGUCUCUUUAUUAGAAUAAAACCAGAAAUUUGCAUGCAAUAUUAAAAAAAGAAUACAAUUUUAUGUGUCAAGUGUUUAGUGUAAUCUUCUCUUACACUUGAACAAUAGCAGGAACCUGCAGGAUCUCUUAAACCUACAUGAAAUUAAAUCCUAAUUUCUAAAUCUCCUCAAAACAGUUCAAGAUGUAUUUAGUGCCAAGAUAUGUUACCAGAAACCAUUUUGUCCUGAAAAUGUACAUUUUGUGUACAUAUUUUCUGUAUUUUCUGUUUGUAUGGUGGUGGCUUAAGACUGUAUUACUGUAUUUGGCAGUAUUUAUUUUCAUGGCAGUGAGAAUCUCACCUGAUGUGACUACAAUCUGUUACUGCCCCUACUUACAGGAAACCCUCCAAGACCCUUGGCAAAUUUCCUUAAAUCUCCAAAUUUAAAUAAGCAGUUACAUGUAUGUGUCUCUUAAAGGUAUAUAAAUUUUUACGGACACCAUCUCUGGCAUGCUGUCGAUUACCACAUACAAACAAGAAAUGCCUUGUCUGCUUGGUUUCUAUUUGUAUUGCUGUAAAUAAUUUCACAAACGCGUCUGUGAUAAUCAACAGCGUGCCCAGAUAUGGUGUAACUUUGCAUUGUCAUACAUGUCAAACCAUCUCCGUGUGUGCCAUCCCUCUCUCCCGAAGCACUUAUGGAUGCUGAAUGUCUCUAACAGCCAGAACAACUGCAUGUCGUGCGAAUUUGCCAAUGCAUGUACGUACAAACCCCCAUCAUAAGCAUGCACAAAACACGAAAACAUUCCCUUUCCUGCACCCGACGUCAAGUAAGUGUGUGUUCUGUUUGGAUGUGGUCAUGCAAUUCAAUGCCGCUGAAGGGAGGAAUGCAAUUUCAGUGUUGUUCUGCUCUGGCAAAAAGCGCUUUGGCAGUGAUGGAUGGCACCGUGCAUUCUUCCUCUCAGAUUCCCACAGGCGAGCAGAUGGCUGUGCCUCACUCGCCCUCUGCAGGCAGCGGUGGGGACGCGGAGACGGCACAGUCGGGCAUCGUGCUGCCCCUCUUGGGCACAUAAUGACUGCCCAUGCGCAAUUACUGAAUGCAAUAACCACUUUCCUCUGACAUUCAACAAGUAACCGUGCACUGAAAUAUUGUGAAUGUGCCAAAUCCUACUUUUCAAAUGUAUUUAAAGGUAUUAUGUUCUGUUUGCCAAUUGCAAAAGUAUUUAAAGAACUGCCAUCUGUACUGGUAGAUAUUAAGGUUUACAGUGCAUCGUUUCAGGAUUUGCCCCAUUAAAAUUCCAAUUAAGCACAAUUAUUUCAGGAUUAUAAAUGGUUUGGGGCAAAAUAAUCUAGAUUAAAAUUUGCGCUUUGGGAUUUCAUAUAUACAUCAAAGCGGUGUAUAAUAUCAUUUUAUGCAUCGUAUUUGUUUACCGAAAGCACUGCUCAACACCCAAGCAUGUUCACAGGAAAUCUUCUUUAUAAGAAGACAAACAUUUACACCUUUAAUUGUGUAAACUCAUUUGAAAGCAAUUUAUUUUUCUGUUAGCUUACUACUUAAAAUACACUUAAAUAAGGAUGAUUACAUGUAGAUGUGUCAAAGAUACGUUU